CCUCCGUCCUCCUCCUCCCCGUCCCGCGCUAGUUCCGGUGGCACAGGAGGACCCCGCUGCUGUCGCCGUCACCGCCGCCGUCACCGUCAGCUCGGGCUUCCCUGGCUCUUUUCUCCUCGCCUUAAAUUCGGGUGUCUUUUAUGAAUAAUCAAAAGCAGCAAAAGCCAACGCUAUCAGGCCAGCGUUUUAAAACCAGAAAAAGAGAUGAAAAAGAGAGGUUUGACCCUACUCAGUUUCAAGACUGUAUUAUUCAAGGCUUAACUGAAACUGGUACUGAUUUGGAAGCAGUAGCAAAGUUUCUUGAUGCUUCUGGAGCAAAACUUGAUUACCGCCGAUAUGCAGAAACACUCUUUGACAUUCUGGUGGCUGGUGGAAUGCUGGCUCCAGGUGGUACACUGGCAGAUGACAUGAUGCGGACAGAUGUCUGUGUAUUUGCAGCACAAGAAGACUUAGAGACCAUGCAAGCAUUUGCUCAGGUUUUUAAUAAGUUAAUCAGGCGCUACAAAUACCUGGAGAAAGGAUUUGAAGAUGAAGUAAAAAAGUUGCUGCUGUUCUUGAAAGGGUUUUCAGAGUCGGAGAGAAACAAACUGGCUAUGUUAACUGGUGUUCUUCUGGCUAAUGGAACACUCAAUGCAUCCAUUCUCAAUAGCCUUUAUAAUGAGAAUUUGGUUAAAGAAGGGGUUUCAGCAGCUUUUGCUGUAAAGCUCUUUAAAUCAUGGAUUAAUGAAAAAGAUAUCAAUGCGGUGGCUGCAAGUCUUCGGAAAGUCAGCAUGGAUAAUAGACUCAUGGAACUUUUUCCUGCCAAUAAACAAAGUGUUGAACACUUCACAAAAUAUUUCACUGAGGCAGGCUUGAAAGAGCUCUCAGAAUAUGUUCGAAAUCAGCAAACCAUAGGAGCUCGUAAGGAACUUCAGAAAGAACUUCAAGAACAAAUGUCCCGUGGUGAUCCUUUUAAGGAUAUAAUUUUGUAUGUCAAGGAAGAGAUGAAAAAAAAUAACAUCCCAGAACCUGUUGUCAUUGGACUAGUCUGGUCCAGUGUGAUGAGCACUGUGGAAUGGAACAAAAAGGAGGAGCUUGUAGCAGAACAAGCCAUCAAGCACUUGAAGCAAUACAGCCCUCUACUUGCUGCCUUUACUACUCAAGGUCAGUCUGAGCUGACUCUGUUACUGAAGAUUCAGGAGUACUGCUAUGACAACAUUCAUUUCAUGAAAGCCUUUCAGAAAAUAGUGGUGCUUUUUUAUAAAGCUGAAGUCCUGAGUGAAGAGCCCAUCCUGAAGUGGUAUAAGGACGCACAUGUUGCAAAAGGGAAAAGUGUCUUCCUGGAACAGAUGAAAAAGUUUGUAGAGUGGCUCAAAAAUGCCGAAGAGGAAUCUGAGUCUGAAGCUGAAGAAGGUGACUGACUUGUGGAACUGCACCUCAUUAAAGCGAGCAGGAGUUGUAGAUAGUCAUGUCUCAUGUGUCCUGGUUCUUACAUCUUCCUACCUCCCUGUAUCAAGCAUGAUAUAAGGGCUUUCAUGGCAAAUUUUAUUUUAACUGUUUCUAUGGUUCCUGGAAAUGUUGGGUUUAGUUUCUAAAAACCAUGUUUUAAGUAGCUACAGGAGCUGUAGAUUUGAAUCCAAUGUUGCAUUUGUCUUUUCAGUUAUCUUCUACCUCCUGUAUUUUCUACUGUAAUAAUGUAAUUUAAGGCCUUCCACAGUGAACAGUUCACUUUAUUCCCUGGGUUUUCUAUAUAAAAGUUUUCAAGAUAUGAUUUGGUUAAAAGUAAUUUGUUAUAGAAAUUGUUUGCAAAUUAAACUGUAAAAGUAUCCAAAGUCUUAAAGGCAAUGAUUUGUGUAAAUUCGGAAUUCCCAAAGCCCUACUCAUCAGUGAAAAACUCAUGUACAACAGUUGAAUUCUUAAAUCUUAACUAUUUGGACCAUUGCUUGCAUGUUAAUAUUUUCUUGCCUUUUUAACCCCAGAUGCCCGUGAGCUCCAUUGUCCUCUUAGAGAAGUCCUGAGAACAGACUCGAAAGGGCAGCUUGGGAUCUUGGGGACGUUUUUUCAGCAAGUGGUGGGAAGGAAGAAAGUUGGCUCUUUCCCAUAGAUAUAACUUAUGCAUUCCAAAACAAGACAAAGCAAAUGGAUAUUAUUUUCGUACAGCUGUUUUCAAAAUGUCUUGUCAUUUUAUCCCACCUGUCAUACUCUUAGAUAAGAAAGGACUCAAAGUAGUGAGUAAAGACUGUACUAAACCCAGUAAAAAUUGUUGAAACUAUAAAGCAUGUUCUAAUUGGAGUUCAACUAUAACAGGUUUUCCUUUUGGCUUAAAGUAUUUGUCGUAAAGAAUGAAGUAUGGUGAUAAUGUUGCGUUUCCACUUUGUCACACUGGGUUGGCUUUAUUCUGAAUAUAAUCAAUAAUGACUUAGGUAUCUGGCUUUUAGUAUUCAAGUUGCCAUAUUUUUUAUUGCCAUGAGCCAGGUAUCUCAUCUGUACAGUUGAUCCAUUUAUUUUCAUGUCUGCCUUUAAUUUCUGUAUUUCUUUGCUGCUACCCAUGUAUAUGUAGCUUCUAGAAAAAAAAAUGUGGCCAUAAUUCGGCAUCUAGGAAAAUGUAUUAAAAGUAAAAAAAUUUAAGUUUGGUGAAAGCAUCAGCUUGGAAUAAUGCCACCAGCCGACUUAGUAGAAAUGCCCCUUUCAAAAGUGCCAUUGUUAAAAGCCAGGAGUUUGGUGUUUUAAAAAGUUUAUCUUAAGGGAGUAACAUGAAUAUAAUUUGAAUUAAAGGCAUAGUAACAUUAUGAAAGAGAAAAAUAAAAUGGAUACUAUUGUGAACUGAAUGAAAUUGUCAAAUGAAUAACUUUGAUAAAAGUUUUCUGCACAGGCAAAUGUAUUAACUAGGUUUCUACAUAGUGAUCUGCUUUUCCUUUGUAACUUGUAGUCCUUAAAAGACUUUUUUUUAAAUAAAGUCCAUCAUUACACUUAGGUUAUGUAGUUCUUCUUUUUUUAAUUUUUUAUUUGUAAAUUUCUUGUCAAUAUCUAGUAGUACUGUAUAUUGUGCAUUGAGUUGUGUCUACUGUGUAAGCAUUAAAUCCUAUGAUCCCCAAACUGUAAGCAUCUACAUAGAAUUCUGAUGUAACGAACUACAUUAACAGUCCAAUAACCAGUUGUUUUGCAUGUUGCUUAUUUCCAUACAAAAUAUACCAUUUAUUAUAUACUGUGUAUAGUUGAAAGAAUGUGUAGUCUUACCAGAACUACAUUAUGAUCUUUGAUCAUAAUUUCUUCCUUCAUAAUGACAAAGUAGUGUUCACUAACAACAAUAUUCCAGUAAGUGGUUAAGUCCUUGUGACAGACUUAAUGGAAAGAAAGGGAAUGCAUUCUGAAGACUGCAGAUUUUCAUUUUGAAUUUGAAGUGGUAAUUUUUUUAAUUCAUCUGCCAGUGCUAACCCAUAGCCUCAAAUAUGUAAUUCCUAAGUAGAGAUAUUAAAAUUUUACUUGUAAUUAU